AUGGCACCUCGCCGGCAUGAAGCCGGCGACCUCGUCGCACCGGCCACCUCCUCCAUGUCGCCGUCUCUGCACAGAUCGGAAACAAUGGAACACGUCGCAGCCAAGCAUGGUAUGCGGUGGCUCGAAGGCCACCGCUACAAAUUGAAAGAAAAAAAGGAGGGGAGGAUGCACACCGGCAUAGAAGCCGGCGGCUUUUCCCGUCGGUGCUCGCUGCUGCACCGUCACGGCCGGCUCCGCCACCGCCGGCUCCGCCGCUCCCGCCCCCGCACGAGCGCCGCCGCCGCCACCGCUGCCGGCUCCGCCGCUCUAACCCCCGCACGAGUUCCGCCUGGACGCGCCACCGCCGGCUCCGCCACUCCCGCACGAGCGCCGCCCGAACCGGGCCGCCGCUCCUGCACGAGCGUCGCCGAGCACCGCCGCCGCCAGCUCUACCGCUCCCGCACGAGCGUUGCCGCGCGCCGUGCCGGCUGCCGCACACCGCCUCCUCCCACGCGCCUGCUCUUGCCCGGCCAGAAGCCGCCGACGCCUCACGUCCGGCGCCACCUGACAAGCUGUCGCCCAGCCGGCGUGCCGAUCAACCCGCACGGCGUCGCCUUCUCCGACAGGGCUUCGGAAGAAAUGGCGGCUAGGGUUGGAAACCCUAGCCGCACCUCUAUUUAG